CAGCGGCAUCAGCCUGGGUCUCGGUGGCGGCCACGACUCCCCGCUCACUCUGACCUCUCUGGGGGUCGACCACAGCUCCGGUCUGGGGAUGAACCAAGGCCUCGGCCCGGGGAUGGGGAUGGGGAUGGGCAUGUCUUUAGGUAUGAGCUGCGGACCAGUGAUGAUGAGCACCAAAGCAGCCGGAGGCAGGAGAGGAGUCAGUGGACGACCCAUCAAGCCCCCCAAGAAGGAUCUACCAGACUCCAUGCUGCCCCCGCCGGUGCGCCGCAGUAAGCUCAGCCCCCAGCUGCGCUACUGCAACGGCGUCCUGAAGGAGCUGCUGUCGAAGAAGCACGCGGCGUACGCCUGGCCGUUCUACAAGCCCGUCGAUGCCUCAACGCUCGGUCUCCACGACUACCAUGACAUCAUUAAGCAGCCAAUGGACCUCAGCACCAUCAAGAGGAAGAUGGACGGCAGAGAGUAUCGGGACUCGCAGCAGUUCUCUGCUGAUGUUAGACUGAUGUUCUCCAACUGCUACAAGUACAACCCUCCUGAUCACGAUGUGGUGGCGAUGGCCAGAAAACUGCAGGAUGUGUUCGAGUUCUGCUUUGCUAAGAUGCCAGACGAGCCUCCAGCUCCCCCGAGCUCCUCGUCUUCCUCCUCCUCCUCAUCGUCGUCGUCUGAGAGCGAGCUCAGCAGUGAAAGUGAGGAGAGCGAGAGCAGCCCCAGCUCUGACUCCGAGGAGGAGAGGGCCAACCGACUGGCAGAGCUGCAGGAGCAGCUAAAAGCCGUACACGAGCAGCUCACUGCACUCUCCCAGGGCCCCAUUGUCAAACCUAAGAAAAAGAAAGAGAAGAAGGACAAGAAGAAGAAGAAAAAAGUAGAAAAAGAGAAGCACCGGAGGAUAGAAGAAGAGCUGCCGCCUAUUAAACCGGCCAAAGCCCCGAAGAUCACCAAGACUCCAAAACCGAAGGCCAACCGAGCUGCAGCGUGUCCUGUAGUGCCGAUAAAGAAAGCACCGAGCAAGAAGAACAACAAGAGCAAAUCCAAAAAGGCCGCCAUGACGUUCAGCAUGCCUCAGCCGGUCCACGAUCCCAUAGUGAGUCAUUAUGACUCCGAUGAAGAGGAGGAGACGGCGCCCAUGUCGUACGACGAGAAGCGUCAGCUCAGCCUCGACAUCAACAAGCUGCCCGGCGAGAAGCUGGGCCGCGUCGUUUACAUCAUCCAGUCCCGCGAGCCGUCGCUCCGAGACACCAACCCGGAGGAGAUCGAGAUAGACUUUGAGACGCUGAAGCCUUCAACGCUGCGGGAGCUGGAGAGAUACGUCAUGACGUGUCUGAGGAAGAAACCUCGAAAGCCAUACGCAAGUAAAAACAACAUUGCUGGCAAGUCCCGAGAAGAGCUCGCUCUGGAGAAACAAAUGGAGCUGGAGAGGAGGCUGAUGGACGUCAGCGGUCAACUCAACUCUGGAAAGAAACCUCCGAAGACCAAACCAGAGAAACCUGCAACAGAGCAGAACACUCAGCCGUCCCGUCUCAGUGCCAGCAGCUCCUCCUCAGACUCCUCCUCUUCAUCCUCCUCUUCCUCAUC